AUGGAGUCUCAAAGAUUACUUGGGUUCAUUCUCAUGGUGACAGUCACGGGGUUUUUGUUUUUCAGCUCAUCUCAAGCUUACAAGUUCUGGGUUGGUGGCAAGGCUGGUUGGGUCUUAAACCCUUCAGAGAACUAUAAUCAUUGGGCUGAAAGAAGCCGAUUUCGAGUCAAUGACACUCUUUAUUUCAGGUACAAAAAAGGAUCGGACUCGGUUUUGGUAGUAACGAAGGAAGAUUACUUCUCAUGCAACACUACCAAGCCCUUACAGUCCUUCACAGAUGGAGAGUCAACCUUCAAGUUUGACCGGUGGGGUCCAUUUUUCUUCAUAAGCGGACAAUCUAAUAACUGCAACAACGGUCAAAAGCUCAUCACAGUCGUUAUGGCUCCAAGAAACGGAACCUCGGGCUGUCCAACUCCUCCAACACCACCGAAACCUUCACCAGUCGCACCAGCUCAGCCUCCGAAGGCGGGGCAUUCACCUGCCCCGAGUCCGAAUAAUGAAGUGGAUGCUCCAGCCCCGGCUCCGGCCAAGGCGGGUGCAGUAGGUUUGGUUAACAAUAUGGGUUUCUUGUUUGAAAGUGAAUUACACAUAGUUGGGGAUCUAAAAGUGCGUCACCAAAGGGACAGGGAGGACUGGACUACUGAGACAUUUGCUGGCUUGUCGAAGAGGAAACCUUCUCGCGUGUAUUUAUAUCGCACAAACGACUCGAUUUCUCUCCAUAAUCCAUCAACAAUCGACGAUUUCUCGAAGUCACGGCAACUGAACGCUUCUUCUUUCGAUACUAAUUAG